AUGAAUACUACAGCAAUGAGCCCACUCACUGUUACGCCACUAGGUUUUGUUCCAGACUUAAAAAAUUCCACCCUUGAUCCUCUCAAUGAGACUGCAUGUGAAAACUGGAAAGAGAUUCAUCAUCUUGUUUUCCACGUGGCAAACAUUUGCUUUGCAGUUGGACUGGUUAUUCCAACUACUUUGAAUCUUCAUAUGAUUCUUCUGAGAGGCCUGCUCACCAUAGGAUGUGCAUUAUUCAUCAUUUGGGCUACACUCUAUCGUUGUGCCUUGGACAUAAUGAUCUGGAAUUCUGUGUUUUUGGUUGUCAACCUUUUGCAUUUCAUAUACCUAGUGUACAAAAGAAGACCGAUCAAGAUAGAGAAGGAGCUUAGCAGUCUCUACAAGAGAAUGUUUGAACCCCUCCAUGUGCCUCCAGAGCUCUUCCAAAGACUGACUGGACAAUUCUGCAAUAUUCAGACUUUGAAGACAGGUCAAGCCUAUGCAGCAGAAGAUAAAACAUCAGUUGAUGAUAGGCUAAGCAUCCUGCUGAAGGGGAAAAUGAAGGUGUCUUAUCGAGGGCAUUUUCUGCAUAAUAUUUACCCCUGUGCCUUUAUAGAUUCUCCUGAAUUUCGAUCAACGCAGAUGAACCGGGGUGAGAAAUUCCAGGUCACCAUUGUUGCAGAUGAUAACUGCAAGUUCCUGUGCUGGUCCAGGGAACGGCUGACUUACUUUCUGGAGUCUGAGCCAUUUCUGUAUGAGAUCUUUAAGUACCUUAUUGGCAAAGAUAUUACAAAUAAACUUUAUUCAUUGAAUGACCCAACCCUAAAUGACAAAGCUUCAAAGAAGAUUGACCGGCAGCCCAGCCUUUGCUCUCAGCUCUCUGUGAUGCAGAUGAGGAACAGCAUGGCCAGUACCAGUGACAGUGAGGAUGGCUUGCAGAUGUUUCUUCGUGGGACUUCCUCUGCAUCCUCUCUUCGCCCAGGCCGGACAUCUCCUUACCUGAGAACUUCAGCAAAGAUGAAGCCAAUAGAAGAAAGUGUUGAAGAUGAUGUCUUUGAAGCACCCUCUGCUGAUAAGCUUGAACUCCAGCGGCUGCCUUAA